UUGAAAAAAGGAAAUUUUGUUCUAGGCGCGGAACUAAGUCAACAUUACACUAUCAGAGAGGAUCAGAAUGGAACUGCAUUUUCUUGCAAUAUAUGCUCUAAAGUGUUCAGGAAACGCGAUUGUUUCAAACAACACUACAGACAGGUCCAUCUGAAACAAAGACCGAAACUUAUUGGCUGUUAUUAUUGUGAAGAGAAGGUUUCCCCGCAUUUAAGGGCCUACCACUUGGAGAAAGCUCAUGGAAUCCCAGCGCCAUCUUGCGGCGCUUGUGGCAAGAAAUUUCCCUAUCCCUUCCAAGUUUUGCGACACCAGAAAACUUAUCACAUGGGCGAGAAGAAGUUUGUGUGUGGUGUGUGUGAUAUGAAAUUCGCUUCUAGAGGAAAUCUGGUUCAACACCAGGUUAAGCAUUCCUCAUUGCGACCGUACAAAUGUGAUCUGUGCGAAGAGACGUUUAAAUUGAAGAAGCAUCUGUCCAGGCAUAGAUUGACGCAUUUGAAUCAGAGGAAGUCUUAA